ACCUGCUCAGGUGAGGCAAAUUAAAGACAUGGCCAGAAUUAGCAGCUUCCAUUUGGCCACCGUACUGCAUGACAUCCACCAGAGACAGCGAGCCGAUGGCCCCGCGGCGAUACUGGGCCUCGGCACGGCAAACCCGACGAACUGCGUGCUACAAGACCACUUCGCUGACUGGUACUUUCACGUCACCAAGAGCGACCGCCUCGCAGAGCUCAAGGCCAAGACCAAGAAGAUUUGUGACAGAUCAGGAAUCAAGAAGCGUUAUUUUUACCACACCGAGGAGAUCAUCGGCGGCCACCCGGAGUUGAUCGACCGCACCCUGCCGUCGCUCAAGACGAGGUUAAGCAUCAUCGCGGACGCUGCGCCCAACCUCGCAGCGGAAGCAGCCUCAAGGGCGAUCGUGGACUGGGGCCGUCCGGCGGCCGACAUCACCGAUCAAAUCGUCGUCACCAACUCCGGCGCCAACGAACCUGGCGCUGACCUGCGCCUUGCAGGGUUGCUUGGCCUCCGUCCGACCGUGCGCCGCACCCUCCUGUACCUCCACGGAUGCUCUGCUGGUCUUACCGCGCUCCGCAUCGCUAAGGACAUCGCUGAGAACAACCGCGGCGCCCGCGUGCUCGUGGCCUGCGCUCAGGCCAAGAUCCUGAUGUUCACUUCACCGGACGUCGACGCCGCGGCCGACCUGGACAAGAUCAUCGCCAUGACGCUGUUCGCUGAUGGCGCCGGCGCAGUCAUCGUCGGCGCGGAGCCGGCGGCAAGCAGCAGCCCCAUCCCCAUGGAGCGGCCCAUCUUCCACAUGGUAUCCGCCUCGCAGACGACGUUGCCGGGAACAGAACAAGCAGUGGUAAUGAAUCUCAGAGAGAACGGCCUUGUGGACAGUCACUUGUCCGUCGAGGUGCCGAGGCUUGUCUGCGGCAGCUUGGAGCGGUGCCUAGCUGACUCGCUGGCGCCGCUAGGCCUCGUGAACGCAAGCGACGGCGACGGUGGCCGGAACGGGCUCUUCUGGGCGGUGCACCCAGGCGGCCGUGCCAUCUUGGACAGCUACGAGGCAACUCUCGGUCUGGAACCCGGGAAGCUUGCUGCCAGCCGGCACGUGCUAAGUGAGUACGGCAACAUGAUGGGCGCGACGGUCAUCUUUGUUCUUGACGAGAUACGCCGCCGCCGCCGCCGCCGCUGCGAAGACGACGCUAAGGAAAAGAACUGCCAGUGGGGGGUCAUGUCGGGGCUCGGCCCUGGACUCACAAUCGAGACAAUUGUGUUGCAUGCCACAGACAGGCAGGACGAAAAUUAGUGAUUUAUUGGUAAGAAGAAGACUCUGUGAUGAGACUAUUAUAGCAAGAAUAAUAAUACACCUCAGCUUGUCUUAUAGCCAAGCCAUAUAUCAGCAAAUGUCUAGAUGGAAGAGAGACAGAAAGGAGGAACGAGAAGAUGCUUGGCGCAAUCCAGUGCCCCGAGAUUGCACAUUUUCGUGUGCUAUAUGGGGCUGUCACUACUUUGCUGUGAGAGACCGGACACAUUGAUUCCAGCGCUACUGAGAGAGGAGAAUGAGAGUUGAUGAUGGGAUCCAUUUGCUAUUAAAAAAUAUGUUCAGGAGAUAAACUAUUGUACAAGUAGUCUUUUAAGCUUUACUUUAUACUAUGACUUGGCUUGGC